UAAGUCGUCGUUAUAUCUAACUUUAUGAUAAAAACUGGGUGUAAAGUUGUCAAACAGCCUCUGCUACAGUACAGACACCGUCCGAGGUUCAGUAGGCGGAAGCCCAGCCUCUCUGUCGGACUAAACAGACUUUAAAAUGGUUCUGAAACAGAGUCAUGCUCGGUUUAAACUUCUCAGUGUGAGGAGUCCUGAGAAAUGGUUUGACCCUUCUUUCAAUCACGACAGCUCCUCGGUGUCACGAUCAACCGUGACAGCAGCUGUCAACACAUCGCCGUGUUCCCGGUGUGUCAUCAGUCCGUACAGUACCUUUGAGAAGCCGACAUGGAGAAAGAGAGGAGCACACGAACUGAGGAUGGGACAGAUAUCUAUGAGAGACCUGAGCACCUCCAUCAGAUCGCUCCAGUACGACUUAAAAACUGGAGCAUCUCCUGAGGCCAGCAGACUGAUGUUUGAUACCCACGCGGUGGUUCGACUCUUUGAGGAAAACGGCUUCACGACUCAACAGGCUGAAGUGAUGGUUAAAGUUCUGAUGCGGAUGACGAACUCCAACAUGGAAGUCAUCUAUAGUGACAUGGUGACUAAAGUGCAGCAGGAGAUCAUGUUGCAGCGACUUAUGUCUCAAAUAGCAUCUGUAAAGAAGGACAUGAUCAUCCUUGAAAAGAGCGAGUUCUCUACUUUACUGUCAGAAAACGAGAAACUCAAGCUCCAGUUGUUGCAGCUCAAGGUCCAGCUGGCUGAUAUCAUGAACAAAGUGCGCUCAGACACUAUUUUGGACAUGAAUCUGGAGAAAAGUCGUGUCAAAGAAUUGAAAGCAGAUCACGAGAGGAAGCUUCUGGAAACCCGCACUGAUAUCAUGGAAAUGAAUGCAGAGCAGGAGCGUUAUUUAACUCAGACCAACAUGAAAAUAGACACUGAAGUAGCCGGGUUGAAGACCAUGUUAGAGUCUCAUAAGCUGGAUACUAUAAAAUACCUUGCAGGUUCAGUGUUCACAUGUCUCACGGUGGUCUUGGGUUUCUAUCGUAUUUGGAUGUAAGCUUCAGAAGGACUUUGACUUUAUUAUACACUCUGGUAAUACUUGACAUUUUAAUUGUUUUUCUGGGUGCAGUGUUUUCUCCUUUUAUUACAAGAAGUACUAAGUAGAGUACUUCUAGUAAAGUAGAAAUUCUCUUGCAUCAAUGCCCCGAAAGAAGAUUUUGAUCAAUCAGGUUUUGACUCUUGUAUUAUAAAACCACCUCAGGGCUUAGGCCAAUAAUUUGAAGCUGCCUGUUGUUUUGAUGUUGUUUGUUUUGUUUUGUUUUGUUUUGUUUUCACACUGAACAGUUGAACAAUUGUCCUGAUAAAAAGUUUUGGUACAGAAAACUGUCAAAUCAAACUUUGAGCAAACAUCAAAACUUUACCCCUUAAAUUAAAUUAAAGCUCCUAUGAGGAGUUUUUCACCGGUCAUGAUAUAGACUGAAUUUAGCACUGAUGCCUCCUUAUGAGCUACAAAAACAAACAGGACCAUCUGCAAUAAGAUUGUCUUUUUACAUAAAGUUAGCUUUGAUGGCUGAAACUGUUGCUGGGAGGAGGAGUCAGAUGAUGUUAUUAACUGCUCUCUGCAGUAACAGACUUUUACACUUAGCUGCGAAGAAUCUUGCAAAAUGCUACAUUUGACUGUUAAAAGAAAGCAAGAUGGUAUUUUUUUGACAGAAACACAAUGUGCACAUGUUAAAGAUGAAGUUAAAGACAUAUUUGUCUACAGGGGGCGCCACAUCAACAGAAAACAGAAAGUUCCCCAUGCAAGCGUUAAAAUGGGCCAUACAUAUUAAGACAUGAUGACCUUAAAAGAUUGACUUCAGUGUCUUCUUAAUGCAUGUUCAACAAUGAUUUAAAUAAAUAGACAGGUAGGCUGCCAUUAUUGCAAUAUAUGCAAUGCACUCUGGGUAGUGAUGUCAAGUGGUUGCAUGGUUUUCCCAUGUCUUUUUAUGUGUAGUGUCAUCCUUUUUAAUUUUCAACCCAAGCUCAGUAUAAGUGAAGUGGACAAAUAGAAAGAAUGUUUUGAAAGAACAAAGCAACCAUUUGACUAAACUACCCAGAGUGCAUUGCACGCCUCCGAGUUAAUUUUGUAUAAAUCCAGUGUGUUUUUUUUGUACUACACACAUAUUAAAGACACUAAUGUUAAUUCAAUGAAGUCAACAUGUCUGAAUAAGAGGGUUCCCUUUAAGCUCGUUGAAACAGAAGUUAAACAUUUUUUGAAAUAUUCUUGAAUUAUUUGUUGAAGUGAAUAUAUCAAGCUAAAUCAAUCUGAGAGAACAUCAGAGGAAGGAUGAGUCAGUGUGACUCUGAAGCAUCCCUGUAUAUUAUCAUAAACCUUCACUUGUAUCUUUUCGUGAGAAAUGUUUUAAGCUGACUGAUUACAUAAUGCUUUUUAAAUAAACUGAAUUUUAACCAAUAUAAA